UCGAGUUGGAGAGAACGAACAGUUGAGAUCACACAUUCUAAACGUUACAAGUUCUGCAGUAAUUAUUAGAAGAUAGCAAGAUAAGUACAUCAGAAAACUGAAAUGGAUAAAAUGGAUAAAAUAAAUAGUAUAAAAAUCAGUCCUAUAGCUGUAUGUACAACCGAAGAAAUUGAAUUAUUUGAGGAUUUGAUGACAGAAUUUCAAAGUAAUAUAUUUAGUAAAUUUAACAUCAAAACAAGUAACUUUGAAAUUAGACAGAGUGCAAGUGAACUACAGAAACUAAUUGGUGAAUUGUCCAAUUCAUCAUCGAUUGAUAUCAUUUUUGUAAUUAAUCUACUCCUCCCCGAAAAAAGCAUAAUUAACGAAAUUGACAAGAUCAGCAAUGCAGAAAAUGAAAUUAUAAAAGAGUUUACAAAAAUACCACUACUUCUGAAGCCUGAUUAUUCUAGGAUUCUAUAUUGCUCAUGCAAAAAAAAUUCAUUAAUUUUUUGCAUGACUGGCGACAAAGAAAACAUAAUGGACAUUGUACAAAAAACUGCAACUACAAUGUUACUCGCCGCAUAUUUGCUACAACAGGUGUCCAAAAAAUGUAACAUUAUAACAUCAAUUACUCAUCCACAUAAAUUAGAAGACAUGACAAUCUCACGCAAACGUCUACUCUCUACUGAAAAAGAAGAAUCUGCUAAAAUAUUACGAACAGAUGAUACGACAGAUGACAAGAUCAUACAUGAACCUAAAAAAGCAAAUCCACAAUUGAGUGAAAAAGAGGCAUUAAUACUAAUAAAAGACGCAGUAAUUCAUGAUCAAGGCAUAGAAACUGAAGAAGUGAUAAUAAAAGACGCUUUUGGCAGAAUAUUGGUUGAAACAGCAAAAUAUCGCAGUAGUGUCUCACCAUUUACAGCUGCCACUAAAUGUGGAUGUGCGGUAACAGAAGAUAAGGAAGCAAAUGAAAAGAUAGACGUGGAUGAGGUGGAUGCAAUACCAAUACUGUCAAACGAAGUCACUCAGAUUAAAAAUGGCACGGAUAAAUGGGUAAAUAAAGGAGAAUGUGUUUCUAAUGAAACAAUUGCAGUUAUACCAGCAGAGAGGGAUAAUACGGGGAUUAAAACACCGUCACAUGCAAUAGAACAUGGGCAAAAUAUCAAAUUAUUAGGUAGCGAUAUCGAAGAAAACAAAAUAAUUGUAAAUGCACAUAAACGUAUUGGUCCAACAGAAAUAGCACUUCUGACAGCGUGUGGUUACGACAAAGUGACAGUUUUUAAAAAAUUAUCCAUUGGUAUAUUAACCAUUGGAAAUAAGUUACAGGAACCUGGAGAAUUUUUAAAACAUAAACAUUUAUAUGAUAAUAAUCGAGCAAUUCUAAGCUCACUAUUAAAAGAAAAUUGUUUUGAUUUUGUUAAUCCUUUGGAUUUGGGAAUUGUAACUAAAAAUGCGGACCUUAUAACACAAAAAAUCACAGAAGCUCUAGAAAAUGUAGAUUUACUUGUGACAACAGGCUGUUCCAAUAAUAAAAACUGCUUGAUAGGCAUUUUAAAGAUACACUUUAAAGCCACAUUGUACUUUGAAAAUGUCAACAUAACGCCAGGAAAAUCAGUAGUAUUUGCAUCGAGCAAAUUUGAAAACAAAAACAAGUACAUUUUAUGCUUGCCGGCAAAUCCAAUGUCCGUUUUUGUUACCACGCAUUUAUUUCUUUUACCCCUUAUUAAAUGUAUACACCGCAUCCCUAAUGUGCAACCCACCAUAAUACAGGCUGAAAUAAAACAAAAAUUGCUUUUGCAUUCACGUCCACGAUACGUGUUCGCGACUAUAUCGUGGUCCGACAAAUCAGAUAUCGCAACAGUUACUUGCAAAGAAGAAAAUUCUAUAAGUAAGAAGCUUUUUGACAUGAAAGGUGCUAAUGCACUCUUACAACUAACGCCAAAAACAACGGAGACAAAUAAACUGUCAACUUCAGCAUUCGUACAGCAAAUUGAUGUAUCUUACACAUUAUUUGAACAAAAUCUAGACGAACUGGAGGAACAAAUAAUUGCCAUAGCCGAUUCAAAUACAGCUGAUAUCAUUCUUAUACUUGAUCUAGCCUCAAAGCAAUUCGUUAUAACUGAAAUAAUUGAUAAGAUCGCAGAUACAGAAGAUACAAUCGGAAAAGUGUUUGCGGAAAUACCAACAUUUCUAAAAGCAAAAAUCAAAUCUCUAAAGUUUGGAUGCCGAAAUAAUAAAUUAAUUUUUUUCAAGACUGCCAAUAAAUCAGGAAUAUUAAAAAUUAUAAGGGCAAUUGCAGAUACAAUAGUACUUGCCGCACAUUUGCUACGAACUGUGGUGCGCACCAUUGUUAAUCGUCCAGAAAGGCCAUUCGUCCAUGUUAAUCGUCCAGAAGUGGGAGAAGACAAGAUCUUGUGCACACAACAUAGCAGGUCAUCCUCUCAAAUGGAAAUUACGGAACUUUCUACUUCAUUUAACUUAUCUGUAAACGAAAAUAUAUCUACAAACCAAGAGACAUGUCAAUCUACAACUUCUGUAGAAGAAGCAUUGGAAAUUAUUGAGUCAACAGUAAAUUCAGAUGUUAUUAUCGAAAUGGAAAUAGAAAUGAUACACAUAAGAGACGCCUUUGGUAGAAUAUUGUGUCAUGCAAUAAAUUGCUGUAGUAAUGUGCCACCGUUUUUAACUGCCACUAAACGGGGACAUGCGGUAAUAGCAAAUCGGGAAAUAAUAAAUGAAACAGAAAUGAAGACGAAUAAGUCAAACAAAUUUAGUUCGUUUAUACUUGACUCUGACACGAGUGCAUUUGUAAAUAAGGGAGAAUGUCUUCCUUUAGGAACAACUGCUGUUAUACCAGCACAAAAUGUAAUAAGUUUUUAUGAAGCGGAGAAGCUAAUACAUACAACGUCACAUACAGUAAAAUAUUUGGAAAAUACUAGAUCACCAGGUAGCGAUAUCAAAAAAGGCGAUGAAAUUAUAGAAGCAUAUACACAUAUUGGUUUAACGGAAAUAAACCUUCUGACAGCGUGUGGUUGCAAUAAAAUAACAGUUUUUAAAAAAUUGUCCAUUGGUGUAUUGACUAUUGGAAAUAAGUUACAGGAAUCUGGACAAUCUUUGCAAUUAGAACAUUCAUAUGAUAUUAAUCGAGCAAUUCUAAUCUCACUAUUAAAAGAAAAUUGUUUUAAAUUUCAUUGUUUCGAUUUUGGAAUUACAAGUAAAAAUACGAAACUUAUAACACAAAAGAUCACAAAAGCUCUAGAAGAUGUAGAUUUACUUGUGACAACUGGCUGUUCCAGUGAUAAAGACUGUUUGAAGACUAUUUUAAAGGACCACUUUGAAGCCACGUUGCAUUUUGAAAAUGUUAAUAUGAAACCAGGAAAAUCAACGGCAUUUGCAUCGUGCUACUUCAAAGACAAAGCCAAGUUUAUCUUAUGCUUGCCAGAAAAUCCAACAUCUGUUCUCCUGACUGCAUAUUUAUUUCUUUGGCCUCUUGUUAACUCGCUGCAUUUCAACGUCGGCAAAAAGUAUCUUAGAAUGACAGUUAAAUUGGAACAAAAAUUACUUUUGCAUCCUCGUCCAAGAUACGUAUGGGCGACUUUAUCAUGGCGCGAAAAAGGAAUAAAACCAACAGUAAAAGUUACAUACAAAGAAGAAAAUUCUAUCAGUAACAAGCUAUCUGACAUUGAUGAUGCUAAUGCACUCUUAGUGCUGCCGGCGAAAACAUCAGAGAGAAGUAUAUUGCAGGCUGCAUCGUUUGUAGAAGCAAUACUCAUUAAAUUUCCUAUUUCCUGAAAAAAAAUGACGAACUGAUUAACAUCAGCAAAGGUUGAAAUAUCAAUGCGUAUAAUUUAACAUUAAUUAUAUAUUUUUUAUUAUUUCACUUUUUAUUAUUAAUGUUUAAAAGUAAUUAAAAAAAAA